UCUCGUUUCUCGUACUCGAACUCGACUCGUUUCGAUUAGAAUAAAUUUGUUUUUUUCUGUCGUGGCUCAUAGAAAUUCUACAGAAUUUUCAUAUUUAAUUAAAUAAAAAUCAUAUCCAUAUUGUAUCUUACUUAAUCCAGCCCAAUGUCUUGUAAUCUUAUCGGAGUAGGAGUAGUUUGUGAAACAUGGCCCAUCUAUUAGGGAAAUAAUUUAAUCAAAAAGAUGUAAUCCGUAAUUACAGUAAAUCCCACGUAUCAAAAAUUUAAAUUCUUGAUACACAUAUGAAAUACACUAAACAGCUACUUCAUUUAGCCCUUGAUACCUCAUUGCCCUCUAUCGUUAUUGUUAUCUCGUGCUGCAACUUCUCUAAAAUUGUAUAUUACCUUGUUUUUUCUUUCUUGUUUUAAUAUAAAAUCAAAAGUCUUUGCCCGGAUAGUGUAAAAGGUGUGCCCAUAAAAAUUAACAAAAGUCUCUUCUCAUUUUUCCUUUUUCCGGUGUAAGUUUUCAAACAAAAAAAAAAAGAAGAAAAAAAGAAAAUAGUAAGCUUUGUCUAGCCAGUGCGUUGGAUAAUAUAAUAAAUAUUUUAAUAACAUCCAUCCGUAAGAUAAAGAAAAUAAAAUAAAAAAACAAGUUCCACUUGGCUGCGCAGAAUAAAAUAAUCCAACAGACACACAGAACAAUGAGUAGCUCAAGCAUUUCAGCCUCACCUACGGUGGUGGCGGCGGCAGCAGCCAAUGGUAACAAUGCCAGUAGCAGUAGAAACAGUGGUGGCCCUUCAUCCACAACAACCAAUAAUGCACCGGGUCUGGUUGGAACCGCACCAAGGCCACCGCCGCGUCGCCGAGCUGCCUCUGUAUCCCAACACAAUUCGAGACGUCCUUCUGGCGAAUAUGGGAAUGGACAUACACCCCGAAGGUCAUUGGCAAUUGCGAAUGACACUGAAAUAAGUCAGCUACGCAUCAAAGUACUUGGAGGACAAUCCCUAGCGAAAAAAGACAUAUUUGGAGCUAGUGAUCCAUAUGUCAGAAUCGACCUCAACACAAUACAUGGUGAUAUAAACAUCGACUCGGUCCUAACUAAGACUAAAAAGAAGACUUUGAAUCCAAUGUGGAAUGAGGAAUUUAUUUUUAGGGUGAAACCAAACGAACAAAAAUUAGUAUUUCAAGUAUUUGAUGAAAAUCGUUUAACCAGAGAUGAUUUUCUGGGUAUGGUCGAACUGACACUGGUGAAUUUGCCCAAAGAACAAGAAGGACGAACUAUUAAUCCAAAAAGUUACUCAUUGCGGCCUAGAAGGUCAGUAGGCGCUAAAUCCCGAAUAAAGGGCACAUUAGACAUUUAUCACGCUUAUAUUCGUGACGAAGUAAAUGCCUCACCCGAUGGAGAUUGGGAUCAUGUAGAAAAUGUUUCUAUAACUGGAACACAAUCAGGGAAUCCGUUUCCACACACAACAUCAGAACCUCUGCCUCAAGGAUGGGAAGAAAGACAAGAUGCAAACGGAAGAACGUAUUAUGUCAAUCAUACGGCUCGAACAACACAAUGGAACAGACCUCUAUUAUCAGCUUCAAAUUCGAUUUCAGUUGAUGCUGCUGCAUCUGAUUUUCAAAGACGGUUCCACAUCAGUGUGGAUGACUCAGAAGCGCAAAGAAAUCCGGACUCCAUCAGUCAAGUUAGCCUAGACGACACCACCUCACAACAGUCAUUAUCGUUGACUUCAUUAAAUUCGGAUACAAAUAGAAGUCCUAGACCCCAAGUCAUACAUCAUCAAGCCCCCAGUGUACCAAGUUCAUUGUCCAGACGAGCAAUGGAAAAUGUACGAAAUAGUAACUACGUCAAUGCUGAGACAUCAUCAGCUACGGCUUCUCUAACCGUUCCUAGUUGGGGAUCUUCUAAUAACAAUAAUAAUAACAAUAACAAUGACAACGAACAAAGGCAGGACUCUAUCGAUCGAGCGACCGAGGAUGCAGAUCAACCCGACAGUGGCAAUCGAUCCGAGAACUCAGCUUCAUCAACGAGACGAAAUUCUGUCGAAGACAACACAGCAGUAGGCGACCAAACCACAACAACGAAUAACGAUGAAGAAAGUCUGCCUCCACAAUGGUCAAUGCAAGUUGCGCCUAAUGGACGAACGUUUUUUAUCGAUCAUGUGGCGCGUAAAACCACAUGGAUUGAUCCUCGUAAUGGCAGAGCUAGUCCAAUGCCAAAUCAAACACGACGUGUUGAAGAUGAUUUGGGACCGCUGCCAGAAGGCUGGGAAGAACGUGUUCAUACCGAUGGCAGAGUGUUUUACAUAGAUCAUAAUACGCGAACAACACAAUGGGAGGAUCCAAGACUGUCUAAUCCAAAUAUAGCUGGCCAAGCCGUACCAUAUUCUAGAGAUUAUAAACAAAAAUAUGAAUACUUUAAAAGUCACAUUAGAAAACCAACAAAUGUACCAAACAAAUUCGAAAUUCGCAUUAGACGUACUUCGAUAUUAGAAGAUUCAUAUCGAAUUAUUAAUUCUGUUAAUAAAACCGAUUUACUUAAGACUAAGUUAUGGGUAGAAUUUGAAGGAGAGACUGGAUUAGAUUAUGGUGGCCUUGCCAGAGAAUGGUUCUAUUUAUUAUCCAAAGAAAUGUUCAAUCCUUAUUAUGGACUGUUUGAGUACUCAGCUAUGGAUAAUUACACAUUACAAAUUAAUCCAUUUAGUGGCCUUUGCAAUGAAGAACAUUUAAAUUAUUUCAAAUUCAUUGGAAGAAUUGCUGGAAUGGCAGUUUACCAUGGAAAACUUUUAGACGCCUUUUUCAUUCGACCUUUCUAUAAAAUGAUGCUUCAAAAGCCAAUUGAUCUAAAGGAUAUGGAAUCGGUGGAUACGGAAUAUUAUAAUUCAUUACUUUGGAUCAAAGAAAACGAUCCAAGCGAAUUAGAACUAACGUUCUGUGUGGAUGAGGAAACAUUUGGUCAUACAAGUCAAAGAGAAUUGAAAACAAAUGGUGCCAAUAUCGAUGUUACGAAUGACAACAAAGAUGAAUAUAUUAAAUUAGUAAUCGAAUGGCGUUUUGUAUCGCGAGUCAAAGAACAAAUGACGGCAUUCUUGGAUGGCUUUGGUUCUAUUAUACCACUUAAUUUAUUGAAAAUUUUCGACGAACAUGAACUGGAGCUUCUAAUGUGUGGAAUACAAAACAUUGAUGUUAAAGACUGGCGCGACAACACUCUCUACAAGGGUGACUAUCAUAUGAAUCACAUUAUCAUUCAAUGGUUCUGGAGAGCUGUGCUCUCGUUUUCCAAUGAAAUGCGUUCCCGUUUACUGCAAUUUGUAACUGGUACGUCCAGAGUUCCAAUGAAUGGAUUCAAAGAGCUUUACGGCUCGAAUGGACCACAAAUGUUUACAAUUGAAAAAUGGGGAACACCUAAUAAUUAUCCAAGAGCUCAUACAUGUUUUAAUCGUUUGGAUUUACCACCAUACGAAGGUUAUUUACAACUCAAGGAUAAACUAAUUAAGGCAAUCGAAGGCAGUCAAGGUUUCGCUGGAGUCGAUUAAAUUAUCUUUAUUUAUUUUUUUACAAAAGUCGAUAAAAUAUUGUACUUAUCCUAAGAAGCACUUUUUCUUAUGAAUUUUUCAUACUUGAAAACAAAAUUUCGGAAAACCCAAAUUAAAAUGUAUGAUUUUUAGCUGCGAAAUUAAUUCCCCCAAAAACGGUGCUUUUUUGACACUAUAAAUAAAAAGAAAACAUUCCACAUUGACUACCAAUAGCAAAGCAAAAGAGACUGAUCAUUUUUUUAGUCUCUUUCAUUUAGCCAGUGUAAAGAUUUUUAAUACAACACAACAUGUAUUUUUCUAUUCCAAAAAAUAACCUAUAACCUUUAAAAAAACAAACAUAGAAGAUACAUCACUGAAAAUUGUGAGCGUGUUUUUGAAAAUUUAAAAAAAAAAUAGACAUUUGGAUCCUUAGCUAGCUACUAUCCUAUCCUUUCAUGGUUAUUUUGAAAAUAUGCACGCAUUUUUAGUGAUGUACUAAAACUAAAAAAAAAAACAUCUUUAUACAAACAUUUCUAUAUGUUUUUAUAUUUAUUUUAAAAGCAAACAAUUGCAAAUAUUAAUAAUAAAUUAGAUAAAAUAAUUCAACUAUUUGUUAAGGUAUUUAGAAAAUAUAUAACGUAAAAGCUCUACAUCCAGGCCCAAUAAAUUUGUAUAUAUUUAUUUAAAAUUAAAUAAAAAAAACAACAAAACUAAAUUUCUAUUACAUAUUAUAGGUUUCUUACACAAAACAAACAAUAUAUUAAUAUAAACAAAACAAAAAACUUAUAUAUCAAAUCACGUGUGCGUUUUAAUGAAAGAAAACUCUAGUUCACUACAACUAAAAUUAAUUAUUUAUUUUUAUUUUAUCUUUUCAAAUACAUAUAUUUAUAAUAUUAUUUUUUUUCUUUACUAUAAGUAAACAUAUAUAUUAUAUAAAUAAAUAUUAUAUUGAACUAAAAAUUUAAAGAAAAAAAAAAAACUGUUAAGCUUCGUUAUAAUAAUAAAAAAAAAAAACAACAUCAACAAAAAAAAACAAAGUUCUAUAUUUUUGUCUGCUUGGAAAAUUUUGUUACUAUAUACGUGUCCUUAUACAUUAUAUAAAAAUCAAUGUGAGAUACAUAGAAAAAAUAAACACUCUAUUAUCUAUUAUGAAAAUUAGCUAUUUUUGAAAUUGUUAAAUAAAUAAUACAAGUUAAAGAUUAGGAAACAAAAUAAAUAAAUAAAACUUUUAA